GAGCCGUCCCAUCAGUUCUUCUUUGACCUGAGUAAGAAGGACGGCGGGGGUUUCCGGGGCCGCGGCAGGAAGAGACACUCAGACGGAGACGGACGAGGACGAGACCAGCAGUAUGACAGAGGAGACGGACACCAUCAGGGACACCCCAAACAGCCCCGCAGACACCCUCAGCCAACAGGUCCCUGCUGGUUCUGUCUGGCGAGUCCUCAGGUGGAGAAACACCUCGUCAUCAGCAUCGGAUCACAUUGUUACCUGGCUCUGGCCAAAGGCAGCCUGACUCCUCAUCACAUGCUGAUCCUCCCCAUCGGUCACUACCAGUCUGUGGUGGAGCUGAGCUCGGAGGUGGUGGAGGAGAUGGAGAAGUACAAGUCGGCCCUGAGGAGCUUCUACAAGAGCAGAGGAGCGCGCUGCGUGCUGUUUGAGAGGAACUACAGGAGCCAACACCUGCAGCUACAGGUGGUGCCGGUGCCGUUGGACCGCUGCACCACGGAGGACAUAAAGGAGGCGUUCAUGGUUCAGGCUCAGGAACAACAGAUGGAGCUGAUGGAGAUUCCUCAACACACAGACCUCAAACAGAUUGCCCCUCCAGGGACUCCGUACUUUUACGUGGAGUUGGAUUCAGGAGAGAAACUUUUUUACCGCAUCCAGAAACAUUUCCCUCUGCAGUUCGGAAGGUAAAACAGUCUAUGAAUAUGAAUUGCUACGUCCUCAGUAACUGAUGAUUUAGAGGUUUAAAUAAGAGUGUAACCAGGGGGGCUAAGACAGUUACCCAGUCGUGCCGCCUCUUGAUCCACAGCACCUCCCUGCCACCUGUCUCACAUCCACAUCCGGCUUACUUCAAAUGGUGCUAACUUGCCAAAGUAUGCAC